CCUGAUCUGUCCUAUAAAUUAACGUUCGUCACAACCUCAAUUUCUCAGUAUUUUCAUCUCAUUUCUUAAUUCCGUUUACAGUCCUAAUCAACAAUUCUCAACUCAGCCCAUAUGACCAAGAAAGUGGUGCUAAAACUAGGAGUUCGUGAUGAGAAACACAAACAGAAGGCCAUGAAGGCUGUUUCUGGCCUUUCAGGGAUCGAAUCUCUUACAAUAGACAUGAAGGAGAAGAAACUGACAGUAGUUGGGGAUGUAGAUCCAGUUCAAAUUGUGGGGAAAUUGAGGAAGUAUUGGCAGCCAGAGAUAGUGACGGUAGGGCCAGCAAAGGAGCCAGAAAAGAAGCCGCCGGAACCUCCCAAGAAAGAUGAUACCAACAAGACCAAAAAAGAUGACAAGAAGCAGAGUGAACAGAUUGCUGAGCUCCUCGAACUCUACAAGAAGUACAAUCCUUAUUACACACACUGCUACCACGUUUCUGCUGAGGAGAACCCUAAUUCUUGUGUUAUUGUCUGAUUAUCUUUA